AAUAAAUCUCUGAGAAGGUCGUUUGAAAUAAAUAUAAGAUGUCAUUUUUAUACGUAAGAGUGUACCAUGGGCCGGACAAUGCAUUCCUGAAGAAUCAUAAACCUCAAAAGUAUUACGGGUUUCGAGACACCCUUCAGAAAAUGGGUUUUCGAGUUGACUUGGUCCCUAUUGACAUCCUCAACUAUGUUGUGAUGGAAAUAUGCAACCAUGAAGUGUUUCGCUGCAGCACGAAAAAUAUGAGGUUUAACACCGAAUUCCACAGAGACCCAGUCUGUCAAAGAGCAAUAUCUGCUGUGUUGGAUGCGUCCAGAAAAUUUGAACGCGCUCGUAGAUAUCUCUGGUUUUGGACCCUCCUGGAAACUCAGCAGCUCAGGACGAACAAAUUUGGCCCACAGGACGCCUGGCUAGAGAAAAUAGAUAUAGACUAUGAAUACACCUCGGAAACAAAAUGUUGCGACCCGCGUUACAUACAUAAAAAAAAUAGGAAAGAUUUUUAGUUUAGGCUUCCGUGGAAUAAUGGUCCGUGGUCUAACACUUGCGGCUUACUUUUUUUUUUUUUUGGUUUGGUAUCAAUGGGUGAGCAAUUUUAGUUUUUCAAAAAUUGAACUUUGGAGUUUCUCUAGAAGUAUGCCAUUGCGAUAGAUUUUGUUUAAGCAAAAUUCAGUUGUAGACUUAAAAAUGAGUUUUUAAUGAUUGCUUGAAAGUGAAAUAAGUCAGUUUAUUUUAUGUAGGAUUAGUUUAGUAUAAAGAGAAAACAAUUUGAUUUAAGACUUUUAUAGGUUUAAGUACCUACUUUCCAAACUAGCGUUUUAGCGUAUGCGGGGAGCAGUGGAUACGCUACGUAUAACGUCGGCGUUUUAGCUGCAGGCAAUUGAACGCCUACCUACUCUUUAAAAACGCUACAAAGCACUUGAUAAUUUUAAGUCUCAAGUUUAUUGUCUCGGGGAAAAGAUGCUGUUAGUUUUGGAUAGUAGAUUGGGUUAAAUUCGGUUUUCUAAUUUAAGUUUCAAUUUAAAUAUUAAGAGCACCCAUACGUCACAAUUAGAUAAGGUGGUGCGAAAGUACUUUGAAAUAAGUUUUAGUUUAAUUCUUUUUAAGGUACAACGAACGAUUCUAUUCGAACUAGAUUGGUGUCUUGUUUAUAAUGAAUAUAAUACUUUACGUUAUUUGUUCUAUUUAAGUUUACAGCUCUUAAGUUAUUUUUCCAUACAAUGGAUGGUAUGGACAUUUUACCUGCGGGAUAAACUUGAUUUGUUUUUAGAGCAACACUUUCGUAGUGGUGGUAGACUUUAGUAGAUAACAUUAAAUAAGAUAAAUUCCUUAACUAUAAGUUAAUAAAUAUUUAGAAUUA